AUGCCUCCCAAGAAAUUGAAAGGCGGAGGAAAGAAAAGCAGCAUAAGGAGAAAUACCCUGAAAUUUGGGGUGUACAAUGAUCAACCUGAAAAUGAUGUGGAAAUGAACAAAUUGGUUGCAUCCUUCAAGACAAGCAGUAUCACACUGAUGAAGGAGAUGUCAGCAAUCCCAAUUAUCAUCAAUAUGAAACACAUGGAGAACAAGAACUCACUGUUGAGGAAUUUUGAUGAACCGGAGAAGUCCUUGUGCAACAAAUUAGAAACCCUCAAUAAGAAGCAAACCAAGAUCAUGGGCAUGUCAAAACUGUCGACAGAAAAUGUUCAGCAUCACAAUAAGUUAUGGGCAGAACAGUGCAAUAUAAAUAUACUUGAUAUUCUCCACAACAUCGGCAAGUGGGACAUUAUUAUGUACAAUCAAGAUAAAUUGCUUGUGGAUGGGGAUGACUUGGCCAACCAUCUCAGUAGAAAUAGUACCUUGCAUGAGUACAAGGAGAUAGAAGAGGAGUCGCUUGUCAGGGCAUUGAAAAAAAUUAAGGUCGUGUAUGACACAUUGCCUGAGAACAAAUAUGAUACCCUGGCGACAAAAAUGCUUACCAAGAUUUGCACCACAGCUGAUAAGAACUCAUGUCUGCAGAAGAUAUAUCUGUCUUGGUGUGAAAUCUACAUCAGCACUUUGAGGAAAUUAGGGUUGCAAGACAAAUUCAUGAGUUAUGCUACCAUGAUGAAACUGCAGGAACAAGCCGAAGAAGGGAACAAGGACACUAUAAAACAAAUCAAGGCAUUGCAUGAGUCCAUGAAGAAGGGCAGUCAAUGGUGUGACAUGGCGAUAUGGGCCCAAGUCCUUGAGGCCAUAGACAAACACACAAAAAAUGCGUUCAGCAACAUCAUGAACAUAAUUGGAGACAUGUCUCUGAACAUCGUUGCAUGUGUCAUGCUUCACCUCAUACCUCAGGAAGGCAAAACAGCAGCUCCAGAGCCAUUGCUGGGAGGAUUCACGAUGACAUAUGCUUGGGCGUCGUUCAUGAAGAUAGAGAAAGGUAUUGAAGAGGUCUGUCGAUGGUUCGAGACGCUCAUUGACUAUUAUUGUGCGCUGCACCCCAAGACCCACACAAUGGAUGAUUGGUUGAGCGUGAUAUGUGCCUUGAUGAUGCAGUUGAACAACUGCAUUGUGUAUGACAAGCACAAGCUUUUGCCAAGACCACGCAAAAAGAAAGAAAUCAACACCACAUAUGAGAAGCUACCAGCGGCUGAGACCAUCAUAUUGGGUGAGGCGGGAAGGUUAAAACACAUACAGGAAUGGGUUUGGUGGAACGGACUAAAGCUGGAUGAGUCACAGUUAGAUCCCAAGGAGGUCCUUGAUAGCAUUAAAGGCAAGGCCAUCCUUAAGCAGCAAUAG